UGACACUGAUAAGCCAUUCGCCGUGUUCUCUAUACCAUAGCGGGAGGGUAAACUGGUUCCACGGUGUUUCACGCGCCGCAAGCUUAACACUUUUAACCUACUAGCUUACGCAUGCAACAGCGCAGUCAACCGGGCGCGUAACGAAGGUGGCACGCACUGUUAAGGAGCUUGCAGUGAACCUACUCAAGAUGGGGUAACUCGCGGUCGUAUAUUUGUCACCUAGCAGUUUUUGGUCGUCCCUCUUUUCCAUGAAAAAGAAUGAUUCAUCAGAUGCUCAUAUCAGAAAAAAUACAAAUUCAAGAAUUCCAUAAAUGGAAGGUCUGCCCAAUGAAGUCCUUACCCUAGUAUUAGUUUAUGUACCUGGGUCUGAUUUGGUGAGAAACUGCAUCCUGGUAUGUCAGAAAUGGAGAGACAUCAUCAACAGCUCUCAUCUCUGGCAAAGCAAGUGUGAGAAGACAGGGAAAUUCAUACCAAACAUCACACCUCCACCUCACAAUGAUGACUACAAGAGACUUUAUUUCUUCAAUCCAUAUGGGAGAAAUUUGCUGAAAAACUUUUGUGCCAAAGUGGGUUGCAGUAAAUGGAGGAUAAAGGAAGAUGGUGGCAAUGGAUUUGGUGUGGAGGAUAUACCUGACAAUGUGAAGCCACUUUCUGAAUUUGUGCAUGUAGAAGAGCCUGAUGUGAAGGUGUGGACCACAUCCUACUACUGGUGUGUCAAGUCUCAAGAGGUGGAUCUUAAAGCUGAAGGUGUCGAGGAGUGGAUAAUGGACCAUGUGAAGCCACAUAUAGGGGUGUCCGAGUGGUAUGCAGCUCGUCAUGAUAGCGGAUGUGCCUAUGAAAUGACUGUCCGCUUACUGGAUUGGAUGGGACAUCAGAUAGACAGCCAUGUGUUCCUCAAACAGUUUCAGCGUGGUGAGGGAGGAGACUGGCAUCAGGUGAGCCACACUUUCAAGGACUACCAACCUGGUGUACGCUAUGUCGACUUCCGUCAUGGCGGCAAGGACAUGGAGUUCCUGCCAGGACAUCAUGGAGUCAAGUUCACCCUGUCGUCCGUCCGCCUGAAGUUCACGCCAAGCCACACAGCAAGCCUUUCAAAUAACCAGAGAACACAUAAAGUGUCAGAGGAUUAAACAAUGGACAAUUUUCCCCAGUGUUUUCAUAGCAGUCUGAGGUUCAUGACUUGUCCUAGACCGACUGUAUCAUGGCUAUGACCUUCAGUGGUUGUAGUUCCUUGAAUUGUUGUUGAAUUAUUUGGACAUUGAAGGUUUAUGUGGUCUUUCCUGCUGACCACAUAUUUAUUUGUGGUUUGGUAGCCCAGUGGUUAAAGCUUUCACUUGUCAUGCCGAAGACCUGUGUUUGAUUCCCCAGAUGGGUAUGAUGCAUGAUGCCCAUUUCUGGUGUCCCCCGCCGUGAUAUUGCAGGA